UUUAAUAGCACUGAAAUAUAUAAUUUACAUGCGAGUUGUUUUGACUUUACUAUUGCAUUAUUUCUAGAAAUUUGUUUGUAUUUUAAAAGAUAAUACGAAAUGAUAGAAAUCACUUGCAAUGAUCGUUUGGGCAAAAAGGUGCGUGUGAAAUGCAAUCCCGAUGACACUAUUGGUGAUCUAAAAAAACUGAUUGCGGCGCAGACGGGCACAAAAUCCGAGAAAAUUGUUUUAAAAAAGUGGUACACAAUAUAUAAAGACCCUAUCCGUUUAUGUGAUUAUGAAAUACAUGAUGGCAUGAAUUUGGAAUUGUACUAUCAGUAAUUAAAUUUUAAAUAUCAUUUGAAGCAUAAUUUUUGAUAAAUAAUCUGUGUUUAAGACUUAAAAAUAAA